UCCUCCCAAUGUCAAUCACUAAUAUUUUUCCAUUUCUGCUGGCGCUCGUAUUCCUCGCGGGCAGCCAUGUCCUGGCAUCGGAAAGAUGUAACUAUUGUCGAGGGAUUAACUGCCAGAGGAGUAACUAUAGCGGUGAGGAAGCCUGCGCAGAUCGCUUGGAUGCCUGUGUCAGCGUUUUUCAAGGAGGCACUAUACAGGCCCAAGGAUGUUUGGAAAGUCUAGAGGAUACUUGGAGGGAAAAGUGUGGGAAAGAUGGCAGGGAAACCGGAGUUGACUGUGAAAUUUGUGUUUUGAACAAGUGCAACAAUGUGGGCUCCAAGCGAGCCGGCUGUCUUCAGUGUAAUAGUACAGAGGACUCCCAAUGUGCUGAAGCUCCGGGACUUCUGCAAGCCCAAGUUUGUUCUAUAGCCAGAACAGGCAGAAGUUUCUGCUAUGCGAGUAUCGAGGGAGAUCUUGUAGAACGAGGAUGUUCUUUAACUCUCUCGGAACAAGUAAAAUGUCUGGCUGAUAGGAACUGCCAUUUGUGUGAUCCCUUGGAGCAACCCCACUGCAAUGAUCAGAUAGUUAAGGAGGAUGAUGCGCCAACAACGGAUUCAACAACGGAUUCAACCACCGAUUCAACAACAAGUUCAUCGGGAUCAACAGAGUCUUCUACAAGUUCUUCCACGAGUUCUUCUACGAGUUCUUCUACGAGUUCUUCUACGAGCUCUUCUACGAGUUCUUCUACAAGUUCUUCUACAAGUUCCCCAACAACUCCAACAACAGUCUCACCAACAACUCCAACAACAGUUUCACCUACCACUUCGACGACCACAGAGAUUCCCCCAACAACUAAACCAAAUUCGGCUUUCAGAUUGCAAGUUUCCAUUUUGCUGAUCUUUGCUCAAUUGGCACUUGGCAUUUAUAAUCUUCAUAAAUAAGACGGGAAUAUUCGCUUUGGUUUUUAGAUUUUAAUUCCCACGACCUUCUCCAAAAAACCCUAAUCUACUAUGUACGAACUAUUGUUAAACUAAUUUUUAUGAUAUGACCAUAAAUAUGCCGCCUUCAA